AUGGAUUUAGGCGCUAGUCCAGUUAGGCAAAGAGACCUAGAAUCAUUCAAAACUGGCUGGAAAGGGAAGUGCAACCUUAUACAUUGUUGUUGGGUCAGUGACAGUAGCAGAUGUGUUGCAGCUCAAACAUCAAGCUGCAAACUGGAGGGCAACAGUGCAAAGGAUCUUGCAGACAACCCUUUUACCCAAACGAUAAUAGAUGAAGUGGCAAUAGUUCCUGGUAACUACGACUCUUACGACAGAAUAUACUUGGGGCAGGCAGUUACGUUUAAAUGUAAACAAGACUCGAAUCCAAAUACAAUGUAUAUGUUAAGAAAAGACGACAGCCUUACGGACUUUUCAGAUUUUGGGGAUUUCACGAGUGUCAGCUUUAAUUGUAUACAGGACGUUGCUCAAACCACUGAUAUCAUGGCUAUGUAUAACCUCGUAAAAUGUGAAGCCGCGUGUACAAAACCAACCAUUGACGAUACCGUGGUGAUGGAUCUCGAUUUUGAAACAGAGACGUUCUAUCCCGCUGGUACAGAAAUAAACUUGGAAUGCAAACCAGGGUAUGGGCGUGAUGAUGGUACCACCGCAUUUGAUGCUAUUAAAUGUAGUGGCGCUGUAACAAAUUACAGUGACAAAAAGUGUUAUCAAUGUGCCACAUCUGAAGUGACACUGGAAGCCGACGCAAAGGCAUACUUUUUAACUGCAACGGCAUUGGUAGGUCAAAAAAUCAACUACCAAUGUGACACUGGAACUUCAUUUGAAGACAAAGUCAAAUCCGAGUUCAGAAACACACAAGAGCUGGAUUGCAUUUAUAGUAGUGGCACUACCAGUGCAACCUUAUCAGGGAUUUACGACAUCAAGAAGUGUAGAGAGGACUGCCCGCUGACGGUACUUGCAGAUCAUGGAAUAUUGUUCAAAUUUGACAAUGAAAUUGCAACAAUAUUGUCGGUCCCUCAAGACGAAGAAUAUGAACUUGAGUGCCAAGAUGGCGAUUAUCAUUUACCGUAUGGGCAAGAGGAUGAAAUCGAAUGUGAAGAGGUGGCCGAUGGAGCAUCGCCAAGUGCAAUUGUCGUUCAAUCGUGCCACGCUCCUUGUGAUAUUUCAAUCAUCAAGACAGAAUAUAACGUCGAAUACGCUAAGAUCGCUAGCGGGUUUCGGGCUGCCUUAAAUGUAGUGGAGGUUGCUCUCAACACACCACUACUCAUUAUUGGUUGCAAACACGACAAAGUGUUUCUGUUUACCGAGAACGUUGAAGCAAACACCAAAUUCUUUUGUGAUGCAUCGAAAUACGACUUUGAAAAUGCUCAAUUCAAAGACCUCAUAAAGUGUUACAACAUGUGCAAAUUACCAACCAAAAAUGAACUCGACCAGUUCUUCGACUUCCUUAAAGUCAAAGACAAUGGUGGCGAUACUACUUUUGCCGCAUUAGCACCCGAAGCCACUUCCAUACCUCCCAACACAAAGGUGCAAUUCCAAUGUAAAGAUCAAACGAUGACAGUGGAAGGAACUACAGGGAACAUAUUUGAGGCUGAAUGUGGAACAAACGGAGAUGAUAUAGUUUUAAAGAAAUGCUACCCUUCGUGUUCGGUAACUGAGAUUCCCAACCCUAACGCCAACACCAUCGUUAGCGCCGCAGGAAGUCAGACCGGAACCAAAGUUGCCUUGGGUGAACAGGUGGAAAUUACUUGUUCUAGUGACGACUAUGUCAUGGCUUUCGAUGUUACCAAAAGAGCAAUUGGGUCUUAUGCUGAGUGUAAGAAAGAUCCUAACGAUAAUACAAAAGUAGAAUUGAAGGAGGCAGGAACACAUAUUGCUGGCAAAGAUUGGUGCCUUGCUGUCCCAAAGUUGGGUGCACCAACAGCGUCAACCGGAUCGUACACCUUUACAGCUUCUGUGGUAUUGCCUUCAGACAGAGAUACAUUUGAUGAUUGGAAGAUAUUCGCAGUGCAAGUCGCGGACAGUACUGGUGAUAUAAUUUGCACCAUUACUACUAUCAACGCAGACUCCGAUACUUACGAUUGCCCGUACACUCUAUCUACUUCUGAUGCUGAUUGGAAAGCCAAAUUAAAAAAUGGUUUCUCACUGCAUGUCUAUCAGAUCAUAUAUCCAAGCCAAGAUAUAGUUUAUCUGACUAAAAAUGACGUUACCGGAUUUUAUGUUGGACCUCCGCCCUUGGACGCAGGUGACGUCACGAUUAGUGUUGUCGGCGCUAAAACUGUAACUAUGAUUUUCAAAGACACUUUGCCUGCUGAUAUUGGAGAAAUUACCGCAAUCGGCUCAUACGAACCAGUGUAUGCAAUGAAGAUAAGUGAGAAGGAUGGUGAAGAGAAACAAGCUUACGAUGAUAAGAAUAUAGCCGAUCUUGUAAGCCAGACCGAAUACGAUUGGAGCAGUGUCCUAGAGCCUCUCAAGAGCUAUGUUGUUGUGAUAUCUUCCAGCACUGACAAAGGACCCGGCGGAGAUAUGACCAAAGAAUUCAACACUGGUCACGCUUCUGCGACCAUCACGGACGUUGAAGUUUCCUCAACCGCCCGCGAUGUGACAAUCAAGUUAGCCGAUACCAGUCCAGGAGGCAACACCAAAGUCAAGUAUACUCUGAGUAGCAAGGCCGAAGUUAUUGAAGAAAAAGAUUUUGGUGCCGCUAAGGAAGUUACUAUAUCGUACGAUGAUCUUACUCCACUCACAGAGUACACUUUCACUGUCACGGUUCUGACUGAUGAUGAUACACCCUCCGAGACAGUCACACACUCUUUCACUCAAGGACCAACACUCCCAACACCAAUAGAUUCCUCAAAAAUAGUGUUGACUGACAAUACUGCUACAGUAGAAUUCGUGCCAGAAGAAGGUUUCACUUACCGCUUAAAGGUAUCCAAAAAGGUUGCCGAAAUAUGGACAGUUGUGAUGGAGUAUGUUUACCCUGAGCCAGUUGUACCAGCUAAUACCAUCAGCGAAAGUGGGGAUGAUAACCUACCUUCACGAAGAAAGCGUGAUGUUACACCAGUUAGUCAUAAAUUUACAGGUCUAGAAUCAAAUGUUGCCUACAAAAUUUCAAUGACCUCCGAGGGAAAUGUUGGUGAAACGGAAACAGUACUGACAAGUGAUCCUGUUGAAGUUGAAGUUACAACUUAUGCCUGUAGUAAAUCUACUUUGACGGACGCGGGAGUAACCGUGAGUUUGGAAGAUAGCGAACAAGUCGUUUCAGACUUUUUGUCUCCAGAUAGUAACGUGCCUUUCACGCUCACCUGUCCGGGUGACCUUGUUGUUAACAUAGUUGACAGUGUAACUGAACUGCUAGGAAACGCUACCACUACCUCUGUCUUGUGCCUUGCCGCAGGAUGGGGCGAUUACAUUGAAUGUGUGGAGGUUCCAGACGACACCCUUAAUAAUGUGAUUGCCACGAUGGACAAUGUACAAACUAAAACCGAGCUCGGAGAAUUAAGGGAGAACGAUACAAUUAGUGACCAGUUCAGACAAUCUGCUGUGAGUCUCACUCGUGCUCUUGUGAAGAAAAGUGAGAGUAAAGCAGAUUUGAAAUCUCUCAACUCUGUUGGUUAG